AUGGCCCUAGCCGCGCGUGUGCUGUGGCCCGGUGGGCGCGCUCUGGCCCGGCGGCUGGGCAGCCGCCCCGGGACCGAACUCUGGGCACCGAGCCGGGCUGGUCUGGCGGGGACAGCACGCGGCCCAGACCCCGCCGUCCCCGCCGGCAGAGGGAACCCACGGCUGCUGGGAGCCGCGGCGCUGGCCCUCGGGGGCGCCCUGGGGCUGUACCACACGGCGCGGUGGCACCUGCGCGGCCAGGACCUCCGCGCCGAGGGCUCGGCUGCGCAGCUGUCCCUGUCAAGUCACCUGCAGCUGACCCUGUACCAGUACAAGACAUGUCCCUUCUGCAGCAAGGUGCGCGCCUUCCUGGACUUCCACGCCCUGCCCUACCAGGUGGUGGAGGUGAACCCCGUGCGCAGGGCCGAGAUCAAGUUCUCCUCCUACCGGAAGGUGCCCAUCUUGCUGGCCCAGGAAGGAGACUGCUUGCGACAGCUGAAUGACUCCUCCGUCAUCAUCAGUGCCCUCAAGACCUUCCUGGUGUCGGGGCAGUCUCUGGAGGAGAUCAUCACUUACUACCCACCCAUGAAGGCCACCAACGACCAGGGCAAGGACGUGACUGAGUUCUGCAACAAGUACUGGCUCAUGCUGGACGAGAAGGAGGCCCAGCGGCUAUACGGCGGGAAGGAGGCGAGGACGGAGGAGAUGAAGUGGCGGCAGUGGGCAGAUGACUGGCUGGUGCAUCUGAUCUCCCCCAACGUGUACCGCACGCCCACCGAGGCCCUGGCCUCCUUCGACUACAUCGUCCACGAGGGCAAGUUCGGGGCUGUGGAGGGCGCCGUGGCCAAGUACGUGGGGGCGGCUGCCAUGUACCUCAUCAGCAAGCGCCUCAAGAGCAGGCACCACCUCCAGGAUGACGUGCGUGAGGACCUCUAUGCAGCCGCCAACAAGUGGGUGGCCGCCGUGGGCAAAGACCGGCCCUUCAUGGGGGGCCAGACGCCGAACCUGGCUGACCUGGCGGUGUACGGCGUGCUCCGGGUAAUGGAGGGCCUGGAGGCCUUCGGCGACCUCAUGCGGCACACGCACAUCCAGCCCUGGUACCUGCGGAUGGAGAAGGCCGUCUCGGGGGCCCCAUGAGUGGACUGAGCGGCCCCGGAAGCACACAGCGGAAGAUGUGGCUGCAGAAGACCAGGAUGCUGGGGCUUGGCCACCUGGCUCUCCAGGGGGACCCCUCCAUCAGAGUGAGACCCGAGACUGCCCCUCCACCCCCCAGCCCUCUCCUAGGCCCUGGGACCCCAGGAAACAAAAGUCCCAGGCGCAGUUUCCGUUCAACAGCCCUCCGGAAAGUCAGGGAGGGGCUACCUCCUCCUGCACCCCCACCCACCCGAAGAUCGCAGUGGCCACACACUCCCCCUGCCCGGGCCUGCCUGGACCAGCCUGGGUGCCAGGACUGGACAGCGGUGUGUUUGAAGGAGAGCCCACUCUCUGGGCUCCCCCUAAGAGUCUGACUCACAACCCCCACCCAGGACCGCAUCUGGUCACAAUAAAGGUUCGCAGCGCCCGGU